UGUCUAGACCAGAGUUCAGGAGAGGCUCCUGACAGGCUGGGGUGUCUGGUGUCAGCUGACCUGAGAGGAGGAGUCUGUCUAGACCAGAGUUCAGGGCUGGUAGUUCUUACUUUAGGCUCUUUGAGUUGAAAGUGGUAUUUCAUUCUAAAUGCUGUUGUGCGUCAUCACAUCACACCUCGAGAAGUCACGUCGGUGGUGUCUGAUUCCACACAAAGUAAUAUCAGUGACUCAAGAGCUACACUAGUUGAAUCAAUCAGUCAGAUUCUAUAGAGCCCUUUUUACAUGAGCAGUUGUCACAAAGUGCUUUACAGAGACCCAGGCUAAACCCCCCAAGGAGCAUGCAAUGCGGAGGCAGACGCACAGUUGCUCGGAGAAACUCCCUAGAAGACAGGAACCAAGGAAGAAACCUAGAUAGAAAGCUUAGGCCGAUGGUGAACUGUAUUGUGUCCAGUCCCACUGAGUCUCUGUCUUUUCUCCUCUUUCACAGGCAUCCCAUUGCGCCCUCCAUCAUCCAUCCAUCAUGAGUUCCUGGGUUGUGAACAGGAAGGGAGGGCUGCGGUACUGCCACCACUUCCUCACAGACAACAGCAUCUUUCAUGUGGAGAGAUGUAUGAGUGCCAUGCAGUCGGGGACCCAGAUGGUGAAGUUGAAGGCUGGUUCCAAGGGGCUGGUGAGACUGUUCUACCUGGACGAACAUCGCUCAUGCAUCCGAUGGAGACCCUCACGCAAGAGCGAGAAGGCCAAGAUCACUAUUGAUUCGCUGUACAAGGUGACGGAGGGCCGUCAGUCAGAUAUCUUCCACCGCCAUGCGGAGAACAGUUUCGAUCCGGCCUGCUGUUUCACCGUUUAUCAUGGCAACCACAUGGAGUCCCUGGACCUGGUGACCUCUAAUACUGAGGAGGCUCGGACCUGGGUGACAGGACUACAAUACCUGAUGGCUGGCAUCAGUGACGAGGACUCACUGGCCAAACGACAACGCACACACGACCAGUGGAUGAAGCAGACGUUUGAGGAGGCUGAUAAGAACGGGGAUGGUCUGUUGAACAUGGAGGAGAUCUACCAGUUACUGCACAAGAUGAAUGUCAACCUGCCCCGCAGGAAGGUCAAACACAUGUUCCAGAUGGUGAAUGUGACUACAGAGUACUGUCUGGAUGUCAUUGAAAAGUUUGAGCUGUCUGAAGAGAACAAACAGAAAGGCAUUCUGGGAAUUGACGGUUUCACCAGUUUCAUGCGCAGCCCCACGUGUGAUGUGUUUAACCCUGAACACCAUGAGGUGAACCAAGACAUGGAUCAGCCUCUGAGUAGCUACUACAUCUCCUCGUCUCAUAACACCUACCUGACGGGAGACCAGCUGCUGUCUCACUCCAAGACAGACAUGUACGCCUGGGUACUACAGUCUGGCUGCCGCUGUGUGGAGGUGGACUGUUGGGAUGGUCCUGAUGGAGAGCCCAUGGUUCAGCAUGGUUACACUCUGACCUCCAAGAUCACCUUCAAGUCUGUCAUAGAGACCAUCGAAAAAUACGCCUUCAUCAGCAACCAGUACCCAGUGAUCCUGUCCAUAGAGAACCAUUGUAGCAUCCAACAACAGAAGAAGAUAGCCCAGCACCUCAGAGAGAUCCUGCGAGACAAGCUGGACCUGGGAGAGGCCCUCCACAGAGACUCUAUACAGCUACCCAGCCCCCACUGUCUACAGGGGAAGAUACUCAUCAAGGGAAAGCGUCUCCCUCCCUACCUGUCUGUGGAUGUUGAGGAGGGGGAGGUGUCAGAUGAUGACGACAGUGCUGAUGAGAUUGACGACAACUUUAAACUAAAGAACAGCAAUAGUAAUGGUAACCACCAAGUGGAAAGUUACAUCAGGAAGAAGCUGGACUCUCUGUUGAAGGAGGCUCAGAUUGGAGACAAGGAGGACACAGACAGCUCCAGCAUCAGAGCCCUGCUCAGAGCCACACACGUGGGCCUGCAGAAGAACGUACCGAAUCCCAAAGAGGGACUUAAAAAAUCCCAAAGUCGAUCAUUCAUCAGCAACAUCAAGCAAAAGAGACACUCUAAAUCCAGGCUGAAGUCCCAGAGUACCGAUGGAGAGGAGGAAGGACAGGAGACCUCUGGGAAAGAGGCGGGAGGACAGAUCACCAGGGGAGGGAGGAAAAGGAAGACGAUGAAGCUGAGUAGAGAUCUGUCAGACCUGGUUGUUUUCACUAACUCUGUGGCCUCUCAGGAGGGACUGGACGACAGUACUCCUGGGAAUGUUCUGUCGUUCAGUGAGACUCGUGCCCAGCAGCUAGUGAACCACAGAGCUGAGCGCUUCCUGUGUUUCAACCAGCGACAGCUGUCUAGAAUCUACCCCUCAGCCUACCGUAUAGACUCGUCCAACUUCAACCCUCAGCUCUACUGGAAUGUGGGCUGUCAGCUGGUGGCUCUGAACUACCAGACAGAGGGUCGGAUGAUGCAACUGAACAGAGCCAAGUUCAUGGUGAACGGUGACUGUGGCUACGCCCUCAAACCUCCACCCAUGUGUAAAGGCUCGUUCAACCCGUUCAGUGACGACCCCCUCCCUGCCUACCCCAAGAAACAGCUGGUGCUGAAGAUCAUCAGUGGACAGCAGCUUCCCAAACCACCAGACUCUAUGUUGGGGGACCGAGGAGAGAUCAUUGACCCGUUUGUAGAGGUGGAGAUCAUCGGCCUGCCAGUGGACUGCUGCAAGGGGCAGACACGAGUAGUGGACGACAACGGUUUUAACCCCGUGUGGGAGGAGAACCUGUCCUUUACCCUCCACAUGGCGGAGGUGGCUCUGGUGCGUUUCCUCGUCUGGGACCAUGACCCCAUCGGACGAGACUUUGUGGGCCAGAGGACUGUGGCCUUCAGUAGCCUGAUGCCAGGUUAUAGACAUGUGUACUUGGAGGGGUUGACUGAGGCGUCCAUCUUCAUCCACGUAUCAGUUCAUGACAUCUAUGGGAAGGGUCGUCAGCUGCGAGGCAUCAGAGGUUUAUUUAACAGGCCCUCUAAGUCGUCAGUAGACACCAGCUGUGGUUCGGCCCCCAGGAAACGCUCCAUCAGUGACCACCUCCUACGACGCACCGCCAGCGCCCCCGCCAACCGUCGCAAGAAAACUAAGAUUAAGCUCGCUGAGUCCUCCACCUCCAUAUCGGACCGCAAGGCCUCCAUAUCAGACGGCAAGGACCGAGUGUGGGCCGGGGCAGGGGCUGGGGCGGAGGGGUCCCAGAACAGGGAAAGGGACAGGGAGGGGGUAAUGGUGGAGAGCCGCCCAACACCCCUCACCCACAGGCCCAUCUCCAUGCCCCUGGAGAGGCUACUGCAGGGACAGCUCUCCCUCUGCUCCCCAGACCAGGAGCAGACUGACCUGGGUGCAGACACACUCAUCGGAACGUCCCCCUUUAACCAGCCCAGGUUCCACUCUGUGGAACAAGUCGUCGAAUCAUCCGCCUCCCUUGAGCACAAAGUGUUCACCCCUUCCAUCAAUCACAACAACGCACAGGAUAACACCACAGAGUCUGACCAAUCAGAUGAGACCUCCUACCUGGUCAUUGGCCGAGGAGGAGGAACUGUAGAUGGUGACUCCAAAGACCAAUCACAAGACAGAGUCAACCCACCCAGCAAAGCUGAGGACGUUUCUUCUCGCCAAAGGACGGUGUGUCACCUCAGCAGCUCAACAGAGACAGAGAGCAACUGUUUACACGUACCAAGUGAGAGCAGACCAGAGACAACAUUACUUAGUACAACAAACACAGCAACUUCCUCCUCUCCUUCCUCUCUCCCCAUCUCCCUACUGAAUGUGGACCGGUCCGAACUGCAGAGCCACGUCCCCCUACAGGACAGCAUCAUCUCACAUCUCAUUGACGCCGUAUCCCUCGGCAACGAUACCACCUACGGGUCUAUUUCCGCUCUGAUUGGUCAGUUUGACCUCACCGGCGACCAGAAUGAUUUCACAAUGAACUCUGACCCCCACACCCUCAGUGUCAUGUCCUGUCUGUCUGAUCCUGCUGUCUGGGACUCCAGCACACCCUAUAAGGUUACCAUAGACUAUACCGCCCGAUAUAAAGACCCACACACCAUCUCCUCCCCCCGCAAGGCAAUGAACGGACCUAUCACUCCUCGAAAAGCAAGCCAGACCCCUAACCACGCGAACCAGAAUCUACUCUCACCCCACCCCAAAACCUCCCACACAGACCCCCCUGCCCCCCUUCUCUUCUCCAGUCCUGAGACCACAGAGCUGGAGGAGGUCUAUACCAUCCUGGAUGAGGAGGUCUUGUCUCCAGUCUCUGUCUACAACCUGAAGAAGCAGACCAUCGGCAACAUCCAGGCUGACUCUGAGGAGAGCACACCCAUGGGAAGCCUGGAGCCUUCCCCAGCCAAGGAGCCUCCUCUCCUGGGGGUAGAAGGCAAUGGCAGCUGGGUGGGCUCACGGAGGGGUGUGGUGGAGGAGAAAGGAGAUGGCUACGUGGGUGAGUGUGAUCCUAAAAUGUUGGGGUCAGUGGGAGAGUGGGGGUUGUCGUGGGGUUACACGUGCCCGUCCAACAACAGUACAGUAUCUGACCAAUUCCUGUUGUGCCAUGACACGGAAGGAAGUAGUCUGAUGGAGUUGGAAAUUAACGUGGACGAGGAUCCACUGGAGAUGACCCUGACAUUACCGGGACACAACCAUACCUGGGUCGCUACCAGCUCAACCAAAUGCUACGCUGCUCCCCAACUCCAAUGUUCUUCACCCGUCAAACAGCCCUCACACCAGCGCUCCCCUCGCCAAGCCCCAUUGACAACCCCUCAAACUCAGCCCUCCCCCUGCAAAGGGCCCCCCAACCCCAGCCCCCUCCUCCUGAACAGCCAUCCUUACACUCAUAGCAGACACAUUACCAGAGCCUUCACCCAGCAGCACAGUUACAGUGGUCCCACCCAGCCCCAGACCAGGAGCUACCAGGGUGGGACAGGGGAAGGACAGGGUCAGAGAGAAGCGUCAGCCUGCUUCCAGAAUGGGUUCUCCUCCUCAGAGUGUCUGUCUGUUCUUUCUGGUCCAAGGUCUGUUAGCCUCCCCAGAGACAGAGGUCUGUACUCCCCCAUCUCAGACUGUAGUGUGGACUCCAGCCAGCGAGACUAUGACUGCUUCAGACCCUCCACUGCCUCGGCCUCCCACUACACCCAGCCACAACCCCAACCUAAAUCAGACACCCAGCCCCAACCCCAUCCCAAAACAGACACCCAGCCCCAACCCCAUCCCAAAACAGACACCCAGCCACAACCCCAACCUAAAUCAGACACCCAGCCCCAACCCCAUCCCAAAACAGACACCCAGCCCCAACCCCAUCCCAAAACAGACACCCAGCCACAACCCCAACCCAAAUCAGACACCCAGCCCCAACCCCAUCCCAAAACAGACACCCAGCUCAAACCCCUGACUCAAACCCAACCCCAAUCAGACACCCAGCCCAAGCCACAAACCCACAUCCAACCCCAAUCUGGUCGCCCAUCACUGCCCCUUUUGGGCUCCACCCUCACCCCUCCUCUACCUAUCCUCAGUACAUCCACAGCCCCCAGCCCCUGCAAGUCCAAGUCUCUGGGUGACCUGACAUCAGAGGACAUCUCCUGCAACUUCCACAGCAAGUACAACAUCAUCAGCCGCAGCUUCAUCACCCCCUGUAUGAAGGAGUGGAGGAGGAUGAGGGGCCUGGGGGGUCUGUCCCAACGGCUGCAGUCUGCAGACCCCCUCACUGAGCAGUUACGUAAACUAGUCACCCUAGAGGGGGGUGACAGAGACGGGAACAGACCCCAGUCACCCCAGCUUACCCAGUUACCUCAGUUAGAGAUACCCCCCAAACCCUUCAUACCCCCAUCCUGCCCCUCCUCAAACUUUGUCCCUGACACCCAGGAGGACUCCCCGCCCCUCCUCUCUCGCCGUCUCUCCUCUCGGAGCCAGAGCCGUGUGCGUCACAUCAACAAUCGUGCUCGAGAGAGGCAGCGGGAGGCUCUAAAGCCCCGGGACAUGAGCGCCCCCUCCAGCGUGGGAGGGGUAGUGCUGCGUGCUAAAGUAGCAGCAGGUCAGAACCCCCCAGCUAACAGACACUCCACAGGCUCUUACAUAGCGGGCUACCUGGACCUGCUGGAGGACAGAGGGCUGCCUGAGGGGGGGUGCACCACACUGGGGUAUGGAUUUGGAGAUCACUAUGGUGAUCAUUAUCAUGAUGACUCUCUGCUGCCCACAGACUCCGGUACACAAACAGAACCAGAAGUCUACUUCCUGCUCAGACUCUGAACCCACUUCCUGGUUAUCACCUACAUAGAAUGAUGUACAAAUGUACUUCCAAAACGCAGCAAAUCAGCUUCCUGCUCAGACUCUGAACCCACUUCCUGGUUAUCACCUACAUAGAAUGAUGUACACAUGUACUUCCAAAACGCAGCAAAUCAGCUUCCUGCUUAGGACCGAGGAAAAAAAACCUAUAUCAUGGUUGGGCUGUCCAAUUAUACUUUCAGAUAUAAAGUCAAGGACCUGAUUGGGUCUGACAGUCUUGUCUGUAAAUGUAAAUAUGUUUUUUAUUCUUCUUCAUGUCCUGAUCAGAAUGUUCUUUAAAUGUAGUUUGGAACAGACUGUUAAACUACUUCCUACUUUGAUUGUACCCAUUUCCUGUCCUGUCUGUUCUUGUAAUUCUACUUCCUGUUCAAGCUAACGCCAUCUACUAUAAAGCAGAAAAUAAGGAAACUUUACAAAUGUGUUUAAUUCUGAAGGGAAGUGUUGUCUUGGUCUUUGUACAUUUUAAAUGUGUAUUAGUAUUAUCAGAGGCCCAUAGAUAUCAAUGCAAUGUCUAUUCCACGUUAGUUCAACAUUAAAAUGACGUGGAGACAAUGUUGAUUCAACCAGUGUGUGCCCAGUGGGGGACCACUUUUAAGGGAUGGGAUCUUUUGCAUCAAAGAUCUUCCUCAAGUGUUCCUUCUCCUCUGAUUGUCCUCUCUGUGCUGGUGUUGUUGGUACAUAUUCUGCUGUAGAUUCGUUUUUAAUUUCAGGUGUUGUCAUUUAGUUGUUCUGUUUUCUGCAUGUUAAAUAUCCAGCAUGACUAUGCAUCAAUCUGUAGACAUCGCAGUGCACUACUAUCUUUUCACAGAAUAAGUAAUAGUGGGAUUGGAUGAAAUACUCUGACUUCUUGCUUGCUCUGACUACUCGCUUUCUAAUAUUUUAAACAUUAUCACAUAUUUGAAACUUUUUGAGUUUACAUGUUUGAUUUUUUUUUACAAUUAAUUUAAUACAGACUGCAAAAAAAAGGGGAAAAUUGGGAGCUGAUUAUUAAAAAAAUGAGAUGUUUACAAGAACUGAAACACACAGUGGAAUAGGUAGAUAAGGGUGUUUCCACUAGACCAAGUUGCAUGUUUUAUUAUUCUGUUCAGUGUUAAACCCAUCCUUUUUUCUUUGUAUGGUCACUCGGAACAUUACUGUGAGCAUUUUCCUACUUAUGUAAUAAAAUUCAUAAAAAAUGUGACUUGAACGCAA